AUGAAUGGUUACGCAAAAUUACAAGGCGUACCGAAGGACUAUAUCAGUGAUAUAAGGAUAAUCUCAUCGGACAACAGAGUGGUAGUUAGUUGCUGGGAUGGGAGUCUAUCACUCUUCGAUAUUACACAGCAACAGCUUCUGAUGAAAUUACAGCAUUCGUGGCCUUUGACUAGUUGUCACGUCAGUAAAGAUGGAAGAAUAUGGGCAGGAAGUGUCCAAGGUGAAGUUUUGGAAGCGGAUUGGGAAUCUGAAAGAUUGAUUCCUAACGAUACUAUGUCUUUCUCUCUUGGUGUAUCCGGUAUCACCUCUAUAGACCAUUUUAUUAUAGCAUCUUCAUGGGAUGGGUCACUUAUCGUGUUGGAUUACCUGCGAAACCAGAUAGUGAAGCAGUGGAAAUUUGAAGAGAAGAUAUUCCAGCUCUGUGCAUCGGAAGUAAGAGUAAUGUGCUCGUUAUCUUCUGGUAAAGUUAAGCUAAUACAAUUCCCAUCUUGGGACAUUACAGAAACUGAAUCAGGUUUGAAGUAUCAAUGCCGGAGCUGUACUUUAAUUCCCAACAAUCGUGGAUUUGUACAGGGUUCUGUCGAUGGUCGGGUUUCGGUAGAGUUCUUCGAUGAUCAAUCGCCAAAGUUUGCAUUUCGUUGCCAUAGAAUGAAUUUAGAGGACGUUCAGAUGGUGUUCCCCGUAACAGCUCUCGCAUUCCAACCCAACUCUCUAAAUCUGUUCACCGGCGGAGCAGAUGGGAAGAUAGUUAGUUGGAAUUUAGUUACCAGGAAGAAACAAGAGGAGUUCCAUAAAUUAGAUGAUACAAUAAUGAAGUUAUGUUGCACCGAAGAUUAUUUGGUGAUUGCAGUGAGUGAUGAUUCAUUCAAGACAUGUGCUGUCCCGCAAGAUAUUGAAUUGCACCCCAGUGCAAUAUACAUUAAGCAUCUAUAA